AUGGUGGAUAACACCAGCGUGGCCAACUCCGCUUUGUCCGGAGCCUUCUCCAGCGGUAGCCUCCUGUCCCCAGUCCCUAUCCAGAGCUCAGCGGUGGCCCAUAGCGGGCCCUCCGGCCCGGGGCCCGGCUCUGGCCCACAGCCCGGGGGUCCGCAGCCAGGGGGCCCGCAGCCCGGGGGCAUGCGGUUGGAGGCGGUGAUGGAGAACUUGCAGCGGCAGCAGGCGGCGCGGCUGCGGCAGGCGGAGAAGGAGCUUCAGAGUCAGCUCCAGCACCAGGCGCUGCUGCGGCACUAUCAGGCGGCGGUGCGCUUCAGCCCGGGGCUCACACCGGGGCUCACACCGGGGCUCACAGCUGGACUGACACCGGGGCUGGCCCUUGGGCUGCGUGCAGACUCUCGAGCCAGCAGCGAGGAUCGGGACGCGGAGGACUCGGAGGAGGACGAGCAGUUGGAGGAAGAGGAGCGCUUCCCGCCGCAGAGCCUCAGCCGCGGGCCGCUCAUCAGCAGAGUCCCGCCAGGGCUUGGACCGGCCCGCUCCAUGCGCCCCGAGUCCCCGCAGAACGCCAACCACGAGUGGACCUACGAGGAGCAAUUCAAGCAGUUGUAUGAGUUGGACAAUGAUGAGAAGCGCAAAGAGUUUCUGGACGACCUGUUUGGAUUCAUGCAGAAGAGAGGGACCCCCGUGAAUCGGAUUCCCAUCAUGGCCAAGCAGGUGCUGGACCUCUACAUGCUCUACAAGCUAGUGACAGAGAAAGGCGGAUUAGUGGAAGUCAUCAAUAAGAAGAUCUGGAGAGAGAUCACCAAAGGGUUAAACCUGCCCACGUCCAUCACCAGCGCCGCCUUCACGCUGCGCACACAGUACAUGAAGUACUUGUACCCGUACGAGUGUGAGAAGCGUGCUCUGAGCUCACCCUCGGAGCUGCAGGCCGCCAUCGACAGUAACCGCCGCGAAGGCCGACGCCAGAGUUAUGGUGCCCAGCUCUUUAACUACUCCCCUGUGGGCACGCCCACGCUCCUGCCCCCGCCCAAAGUGCACCUGCCGCACCUGCCUCUGGGCACGCACCCCAGCGGACACCUCAGCCAGCUGGCCAGCAUUAAAAAGGAGGAGCCGCUCCUGACGGGCUGCCUGCCAGGCCCUGGGGCCCACUCACACCACAUGGGGGCAGUACAGGCUGCCGCAUUGGAGACACUCAGAGAAAAGCUGGAGCGCACAGAGCCUCCAGAGAAGAAGAUGAUGAUGGAGGAGCAGCGACUGAUGCAGCAGGCGCUACAGCGCAACCUGCUGGCCAUGGCAACGCAACUGCCCCUCAGCAUCUCGCUCAGCAACAGAGAUGAUAGACAAGAGGCCGCAUUGAACCUGUCUACCGACGGCAUUAGCAGCAUCAACAUGUCAAUAGAAAUAAAUGGAGUUGUCUACACAGGCAUUUUGUUCGCUCGGCAGUCUGCUCUGGGCACAGGGACCCAUCGUCAGGGGCCCAAGCACAGCGGCCCCCACACUCAGGGAAAGAGCAGCCCCGUCCUGCCUGUCCACUUCAGCCAUCAGCCGCCCUCCUCCGCUUCCUCCUCCUCCUCCUCCUCACUGCACGGACACAGAGGCCCCUCCCCCUGA